UUCUCAAUCAUUUUUUGUUUUUAGUAAUGCUGCAGGGGAAAUCAAGAUUUUUUUUAUAUUUUUUGGGGAGCUAGUUCCGUCAUCUCAAAAGCCAUUUAAAGCGAUGGGAUUUCUUAGUAAACUAUCAGUCGUCGUCAGUUUUUCGGCCGGUCGCAAGCCCUUAGCCCGUAUAGUGCUGACUGAGAAAAUAUUGUCAGUCAGUGCCCCAAGUCAUUGAGUCAAUCAACAAGUCACAGUGUCCAGAAAUGGACUCCCAACUACAAAAGCAGCCGAUCGUUUUUGACAACGACGGCGGCGAAACAGAGGAGCAUCGCCAAUUACGUCGAGUAGCUUUCUUCUCAAUUGUUAUUUCUACAGCAGCAGUUAUAGCUUCAAUAGUUACAUUGCCAAUGCUUUAUAGCUAUGUUGCUUCCUUCCAAAGUCAUUUGGUCCAGGAGACUGACUUCUGUAAAAUACGUUCACGCGAUAUGUGGACAGAAAUGGCAGUGUUGAAUCAACCAGCACCGCCAACUGGAAGCCGUGGAAAGCGUCAAGCUGGAGGAUAUGGAGUUGUGAAUCCAGAACCAGCUACAUGCUGUCCUUGUCAGCAAGGCCCACCUGGACCGUCCGGCCCACCUGGAGAUAACGGAGAGCCUGGAUCUGAUGGAAAGGAUGGCCAAGAUGCUCAAGAUGGCCGUGAUGGUCAAGUACUUAGAAGUGCAAUACCUCGUGAACCCUGUAUCAUCUGUCCAGCAGGACCUCCCGGAUCACAAGGAGCGCCAGGCCAGAAAGGACCACGCGGACCCAAAGGUCAACCUGGAGAGCAAGGAAAGAAUGGAGAUAAAGGAACACCCGGUUUCCAAGGACCGCUUGGAUUGCAAGGACCUGUUGGCCCACCUGGACCGCCGGGACCAGUUGGUACGCCUGGCCGAGUGAUUCAAGUCAAUGGCCCAGCCGGACAACAAGGACCAGCGGGACCACCUGGACCUCCAGGAAAGAAAGGAUCUCCUGGAAAGGAUGGCACUAAUGAAGCUGGAGGCCCUGGACCAAAGGGAGAUGACGGUCCUCCAGGACCACCAGGAGCACCAGGACCGCAAGGACCUCCUGGACCUGGUGGACCUCCAGGAGAGCCUGGAACUUGUGACCAUUGUCCACAACCACGUACACCCCCAGGCUAUUGA